UUAACACGUAGCCGGUUGAACAUCAACGAACCACUAAAAAGGGAGACAACUAACAAAUAGCAGCCGACUUUUUUCUUUACAAAGGUUUGCAUGCUUGGAACACAAAUUAAAUACAGAUUUGAUGCAUAAAUGUGAUGGAAUGCUUAUGGAAACGCCCGAUGAAAGAAGCAAACCCAAACGAAUGAGGUUUGCCAGAGAGGAUGUGCUAGUAAAGAUAGAGGAAGCAAUCAGCAACAUAGUUCAUCAGCUGUCCAAAGGCAUACCCCCCACUCUCACUUACCCAAGCACAACAGCCUGGGGAGAUGUGUGUUUCAAUGAGGACCUCGGCUUGCAGAUGAGGCCAAAUCAGAGACAGACUACCAUUCGCUUCGAGUCCCUGCAGUCACUAAAGAAAUUUGGUAUGAUGCUGAAGGUGCUAGCAGUUAUGUACAGACUCGUAAAAACCAAUCAUUAUUGCACGAAAAGGGACCUGUACUACCAAGACCCUACAGUGUUUGGGAACCAGCACACGCUGGACAGUCUAGUGAACAACAUCGCCUGCAUGCUGGGCGUUCCGCGCUGGCACUUGCAUGUGUUAGCCUCAUCGAAGGGCUGCAUUGCUGGUGACCUAAUGUUUGAAGAUGCGGACAACAACUACAUAGAUUGCAGGAACUCUCAAAUGAAAACAAUCCACAUGUACAGACAAGAGAAAUACGAAUGUAUAAAGGGUAUUCAGGUUCCAAACCAUGUAACUGGCAUUCAUAACAUCGUAACGUGUGCCAGGUUCAUUUUGGUCGUAGAGAAGGACGCCACAUUCCAGAAGUUGUUGGAAGAUAAAGUCUGCAAUACACUGGGACCCUGCAUUCUAAUCACGGGUAAAGGCUUUCCAGAUGUGAAUACGCGGAUGUUGCUGCGGCGCCUCUGGGACAUGUUUUCAAUCCCCAUGAUGGCUCUGGUAGAUGCCGACCCGCACGGUGUGGAGAUCAUGACUGUUUACAAAUUCGGAUCACGGGCUCUGGCUUUUGAAACGUGCUAUAUGGCUGUUCCGAGCUUGAAGUGGUUGGGUUUACUGCCCUCCGAUAUUGAAAGUAUUGGCAUACCCAAGAAGGCACUGAUACCUUUGACGAAGGCUGAUCAAGAUAAAGGGGCAGAACUACUCUACAGACCGUAUAUGCAGCACUAUCCUGCAUGGAAGCUACAGGUUGAAUACCUGCUUCGCACCGACAAGAAGGCGGAAAUCCAAUCCCUGGAUAGCAUAGGCCCCAGUUUCCUCUCUGAAGUUUAUCUGCCAAGUAAAAUGCGAUGCUGCGGCUGGAUCUAAGUGGUCAUUGUACAAAAUGUUAUGUCUAAUAAUUGCUUUUGAGCUCACGUGCCGGCUUACUCGCAAAGUAGGGCGGCGUUCGAAUACAUAUGAAAGAAAUUCGGGUUUGAUCCACUGCCCGGCUACAUGUGUUUGGAUUGGUCAUACAAAUCUAGGGCCAUUCUCCCCUUAUUCUGAUUUAAGUAGGACAGCUGUCAGUUCACAUACAUAAAUAUGUGCCAACCAGCUAUCCAAUGAAAAAUGUGAAUUGGUAACCAGACCUCCGUUACAUAAAGUACUGCUGAAAACGGCGACGAAUCCAACUUAACAAAGCUUUUUACAUCUCCGUCGUCGUAUAACUUGUCACUCCAUAUACAGCACUUAAACCGCUGGCCAGAUUUUAAAGAAUCGUCACAUUAAUUAUCCUCGGGUGACCGUCCUUCAAAGUGAUGCAAGUAUUUUCGUCCGUUUUAUAGUAAGGUCAGCAGAGCUUAAACGAAGCUCUUAGGAUACCGUGAUGUCCGUUGUCCGUCAGUCCAUGCUGUCGCUCGUAACCCUUUUCUUUUAACGACUUCUCCCCAUGAACGCUGUGCAGAUUUUAAUGAAACGUUAACGUUUGGUUCAGUAGUUAUGAAAACUGUUUUUGAGUGUAUUUCGUCUACACUUAGUGAUACUCUCCUUCUUUUUAUUUAUCUGUCCGGAUGUCUCUGCUUUUUCUUUGAUGAUUAGUGUCCUAUAUAUGAGGCCAAACAGUUUUGUUGUUGUUAUUGUUGUUGCACAUCUAUUCUAGACAAGAAUAUUCAAUGCUGAUAUGCUGAAACCAUUUGCUUCCAUUCAAUCAGAAAGCUGUUUAUAAAGGUUUUUUUUAUUUUUGGAUAAAGUUUUUGCUUAUAUCAUACGGAUACACGAUUUCUGUAAAAGUAUACAACUGUUUGGUUCUGAAAUAUUGAACAUCGUUUUCAAACCAUGGUUUCAUAAUGAACUUUUUGCGUCUAUGUUUGAAAAAUGUGUUGUUUCAAAUGCGUUGCUAUGAUAUUCGGUCAUUUUUUAAUGAGGCACAAAGCCACCCAAAAAUAUCUUCAGAAACAUACAUUUUAAGUUCAUGGUUAUAAGGCCAUCGUUUUUUUUUAAAUAAUUUAUCUAAAAAUUAAAGCGCCACCGAAUUUAUCUAGCAUUUUGUUUUAAAUUUUUAUUUAUGUUGACGUUGUUUGCAAAAUAAAGCGUUUCACCCAAACUGUCUUUGAGUGAAUCAAUACACACUUCAAUAUCAAUCAUUUUGAGCCAACCUUAUGCGUUAUCUUUAAAGUUAAUUGCAAUCUUAUCUGGUUCUUCAUCUGAAAUAAAUGUAUAACUCAA